AUGAGUUCUGGAUCUACCUUGUGCAUUAUCUCAGGAGCUUCCCCGGGAUGUGGGUCCCCAAAAGUUUCCAAUCGGAUUGUUGGGGGCUCGGAUGCUGUGGAUGGAGAGUGGCCCUGGCAAGUCAGUCUUUGGUAUAAGGGCUCCCAUUUAUGUGGGGGUUCCCUGAUCUCCAGCCAGUGGGUCCUGACUGCCGCACACUGCUUUAUGGGGACCACUGAGGACUACACCGCCCACUUAGGGGUCUAUCAGCUCUCAGUGAAGAAUCCUCACGAGCUUCUGUCUUCAGUGAAAGAAUUCAUCGUCCACCCCCAGUACACGGAGGUGGGGAGCAGGGGGGACAUUGCUCUGGUCCAGCUUUCCAGUCCUGUCUCCUAUACCCAUUACAUUCAGCCAGUGUGUCUGCCCGAUGCGAAGGUCACCUUCCCUUGUGGCCUGGAAUGCUGGGUGACCGGUUGGGGAGAUAUGUCCUCCGGGGUGAGUCUCAAGUAUCCCGAGACCCUCCAGAAGGUGAUGACCCCACUGAUUGAUUACGUGACAUGUGACCAGAUGUACCAUCAGUGGUCCCCAGAAGCUGCCACCACUGUAAUCAUCCACGAUUAUGAAAUAUGUGCAGGAUACAAAGAGGGGCAGAAGGACUCGUGUCAGGGAGACUCUGGAGGACCUCUGGUCUGUAAAGUGCGGGGUAUCUGGUACCAGGCUGGAAUUGUAAGUUGGGGUGAGAGCUGUGCACUACAAUACCGCCCUGGGGUCUACUCUCUGGUGACAGUCUACCAGUCAUGGAUCCUGGAAUAUGUACCUGAACUAGAAUUCAUAAAUGUGACAAGCUUUCCUCAGCCCAGCAUACAAUGUGGAGGAGAUGUCUUCUCUACAACCAGGACCCCAGUCUAUACAACUCCAGUCAUCUCCCAGAUCACCACUGAAGCCCCGCCAAUAUGUGGAAGCCCAGUCAUCUCCAAUCGGAUCGUUGGUGGCACAGAUGCAAGUGAAGGAGCAUGGCCCUGGCAAAUCAGUCUCCGGUACCAAGGUUCCCACAUCUGUGGCGGUUCCUUGAUUUCCAACCAGUGGGUGCUCUGCGCCGCACACUGCUUUGCAUGGUCUACAAAUCCCUCCGACUACAAGGUCGUCCUCGGAGAGUACCAGCUGCAAACCACCAGUCCUCACCAGGUGGAGUCCACCGUACAAAAUAUUACUGUGAAUGCCCUGUACAAGGGAGCUGGCAGCUCUGGGGACAUCUCCUUGAUUAGACUGUCCAGUCCUGUUACUUAUACUGAGUACAUCCUGCCAGUCUGUGUGCCAGCCGCAUCCAUGAGCUUCCCUGAUGGCACCAACUGCUGGGUUACUGGAUGGGGCAAUACAGGAUUUGAUGUGAGUCUUCCGUACCCGCAGACUCUGCAGCAGGUCACGGUGCCUCUGAUCAGCACCAGUGCCUGUGAUGCCAUGUACCACCUCAACUCCAACAUUGGUGCCAGCCAAGAGAUCAUUCCAAGUGACCAGAUCUGUGCAGGAUACCAGGCUGGGAAGAAGGACUCCUGCCAGGGUGACUCCGGGGGACCCCUGGUCUGUAAAAUAAAUGGAGUUUGGUAUCAAGCUGGUAUCGUAAGUUGGGGAGAUGACUGCGCCCUGCCCAACAGGCCUGGAGUUUAUACGUACGUACCUCAUUACUACGACUGGAUCUACUCCUAUGGAGUCACGCGUUUCGUGUCCUCAUCCUCAAUAUUUACUGCAUCAGCAUUACUACUGAUCAUCUGCCUAUUGCUGCACACUUGA